AUGAACUCUUCGGUCGGGGCGGCGCCGCCGUUGAACCCGGCCCGCGCUGCCGAGAGCAACACCGAGUGGCUCAUCGGCGUCAUGGGCACCUUCACCUUCAUGGCCAUCCUCGCCACCUCGUUGCGUCUCUACACGAGAAUAAGGAUUGUCAAGUUAGUGGGAUGGGACGACUGGGUCAUGUUGGCCUGCACGUCGUGCGCCGUCGGCGGCUUCAUCCUCCACUGCCUCCAGGUGCCGCAGGGGCUCGGCAAGCACUGGGAGUUCAUCAACAAUCAGCAGAAGGUCCAGUUCGCCAAGCAGAGCUUCUUCACCUCGCUGGUGCCCAACACGACCGGCUUGGCCCUGAUGAAGGUGUCCAUCGGCCUGUCGCUCCUGAAACUGAUCCGCACGCGGUCGUACAGCCUGGUGGUCUAUGUCUUCCUCGGUAUCACUGCCGCAAGCUGGAUCCUGGCCUGUGGCACCAUCAUCUUCUUCUGCGACCCGGUUCGCGGCUAUUGGGACAAGUCCAUCAAUCCCAAGUGCUAUGACAUCAAGCUCUUUAUUGCGUUUGGUAUCGCACAUACCGGAAUCAACAUCACCACCGAUAUUGCCUUCGCAACAUUGCCAAUCACGGUUAUCUGGAUGUUACAGAUGAAGAAGAUCACAAAGAUCUAUCUCGCCGUCGUCUUUAGUCUUGGCUGGAUUGCUGUUUUCAUGGGCAUUCCCAAGACGUGGUAUCAGAUCCAUCACGGGGGAGACAAGGACGCCGCCUUCUACCACGGCGUGCAGUUCUGGGCCGCGCUCCAACUCGACACGGGCAUAGUUGCAGCCUGCAUCCCGCCGCUCAAGCCCCUGUUUGGCAGGGCCCUCAAGCUCAACACGGCCAAGCCCUACGCCAACUCGAGCUACCCCGGCGGGUCGGGCUUCUCCAACCGCCGGCGGACCGGCUACAUCAACCAGGACUCGGUCGCCGGCCGCCCCGAGUUCGACGACCUUGAGCUCUCCCCGCGCGCCCGGGGCGGCGCCGGGGGCACCAAGACCGGGAUCCCCGGGGACUCGGGCAGCGAGGAGAUGAUACUGCGGCAGAACGCCUGCGUCACGUCGGACCAGACCUUGAAGGAGGCCGACAGCAAGAAGCACAGCGGGAUAAUGAAGACUACUGAGAUAUCUGUAGCUUGAUUUGGUUUGAUGCUUGUACAUUUAUAUCUCGUCGCAGUAAUGUUUGAUCCUAGC